AUGCGGGCGCUUCAGUACCUCCUCCUGUUGCUCGUAAUUUUCAUCACUUUUGCUGCUUCGCUCCCUCGCCACCGUCGUCAGAUCGAUCUUACGGUUUCGGCGGAGCACGACGAUAAGGACGAUGAGACGGAACUGGCACUAGAGGCCAUCGCUGGACUCUGGAGUAGUGCAGACAGCCGAACAAAGAUAGAUGGAUCCGCCAGUUUGGUGCACCGCACUCAGGGAACACAAUCGGGUUCAGAGCAGGACUUUCGCCUGGGAGUGCGUAUUACAUUCGACAGAUAGAACGUCGGGGAAGUUCCAGACAUCGGAGGGGAAAUCAAUCGAGCGAUUGCGUGAGGAAUAGAUCCAGCCAGAGUACAAACAAUCCCACUGCCGAUAACAUUUUGACCUUCUCAGCUUCGCUUUGUAGAAAAUAAAUAUAAUAUAGAACCUUCGUGAAAAUACAAUAUA